UCCCGCACAACAGUCCAGCGCUCUAUCUAUUGAGCUAACCGGGAGGCGGUUUGAUUCCUUCGGCCUCAUGCCUUCUCAAAGACUCUUGAAUACGGUCAAAUUCUGCACGCAAAGUUUGAAGUUCUUUCAUCAUUGCGUCGUUUUGAUGUUCUGAUGUUGUAACUUUGGAGUUGUUCGCCCUUCCAGGCAUAUUCUACAGGAUUCAAAUCGCUCAACUCACUCAAGCACGUCCGUCCGCACGUCCGUCCGUUUCUUCCUUCCUGGAGUCAGGAGGCUCCCCGAUAGAGAGGCUUGGAACUAGGUGAAGAAGAUACAUGAACCCCCUUACAAAACAUUAACCUAAAAUCGAUAUUUCUUGAUGUUCUUUUAACAUCAAUUAAUAAUUGCCAAUUGUUAUAAAACUCAAAAAUUAGGCUGAGCUAUUUUUGGAAAUUAUUCCGUUAUUGUUGUUUAUUGUGUUAUUCCGCCUCGUGUACGGCUCGUUUCGCUACUAAGAAACUUAACUAACCGUGGAUUUAAUUUCAAGAUGUGAACCGCCAAGUGUCAUACAGCGUUUUGACAAUAAACUGCGGUCUGUUUUGCGUUCCCUCUGCGUCGUGAGGUCGUUUUGUUUUCAUAAUCCUGACAUCUUAGAAUCGUUGAAUGUCAGUGGAGGAGAAAGGCUAGGUGAUGCUAAUGAUAAAUAGCCCCUCAAAUUUUAGCUCAGUUCUGUGUGCUAUAUUUGCUUUCGGUAUGUUGUUAUAGUUCUCUCUCAGUGUUUGUUGAAUCGCAAUUAGCGGGACUUCUUCGUGGUAUGCCCUGAUAUAUUCUUGGGGUAUGAGCAAAGCACAGAGAUGCCCUUGGGGAAAAAGAUUCUUUCUCUAUCAUAUCGUUGUCUUGGUACCAGUAGGACAGGAGCGUUUUAGAGAAGAAAUGAAUUGUUAAGCUGCCCGGUUUGCUUAUCAAACUCUCACUAAAAUUUUUCUCUGAACAGCUUGCUAGUUCACUCGUGGACCAACUGGCGCGAAUUUUGUGGUUAUUGCUUCCUUGAUUUCUCUUCACAUAUGCGCACCCGCGGUGAGCCUGAAGUUAAAAUGUAAAUUAGAAAUUUCAUUAUUGCUACUUCUCCGGCUUAUUGUGGUGCGUUUCGUAAACUUGUUAACUUACUGUCCCAAAGAAAAAUAUGCCAUGGUUGACAGCUGACUUCGAUACUUAGAACCAUCAGUAAAACCGAUCGCUGUUGUAAAACUCCACGCGUGGAACACGAUGUCGUCUGAAUCACUGCUAGUCCACGAUUCGGAUGAAGGCGGAAUUCUUCAGUGGUCACUUCGGAUCAUGGCGGCGUUCAAAAGAUGGCGCUCGAAGUACAAACGUUACAAAAACCAAAUUCCCGAACAGAUGAGGAACAGAAUCAUCCUACAUUAUGGCCUAUUUAAAAUAACUUGGGAUUGGCUGAUUUUGAUUCUAGUGCUUUACACUGCCAUUGAGGUGCCGUUUGUGUCUGCUUUCGUAAUAGCGCGUGAUGAGGUUGAAAACCAUGGUAAUAGAUCCUCACUGAAUUUUUUCGAGAAGUUGAGACAAAGAUACCCCGAGGCGUAUCCUCUUCUAUACACCGAUUUGAUAAUAGACUUUAUUUUCAUGAUUGACAUUGUCAUGAACUUCCGCACCACGUAUGUCAAGGAAGGAGAAGUUCUCAUCACCAACCCGUGGAAGAUCGCGGUUCAUUAUUUUAAGACUUACUUUGUAGUAGAUUUUGUAGCCGCCAUCCCUUGGGACUUGCUGGCCAACUUCAACUCUGGGACGGAAGAGAACACUAUGUUGUUUAGUCUUCUUAAAACAGCGCGAUUGCUACGACUGUUUCGUGCCGCGCGGAAGUUGGAUCGAAAUUAUGAGUACAUGACGUCAUUAUUGUUCUUGAUGAUCAUGUUUUUUAUGCUGGUUGCUCAUUGGUUGGCUUGCAUUUGGUAUGCAAUCGGGCAGGAAGAGGCAGCGCAGAACGACGGCUUAUCCUGGCUCAGUGUUCUGGGUUAUCAGUUAGAGACACCGAUCAAGAAAGGAGAUCCGACCAGCGGUCCUUCUCUUCGAUCCAGAUAUCUGACGUCGCUUUAUUACGUCAUGACUCUGUGUACAACUGUGGGCUUUGGUAAUGUGGCAGCAAAUACAGACGGGGAGAGGAUUUUCUCGAUAUGCUGUAUGCUUAUGGGGGCUGUGAUGCACGCCGCUAUAUUUGGAAACGUGACGGCCAUCAUACACGGCCAGUACUCAAGUAACUUUCGAUAUCGCAAGGAGUCUCUUCAGAUCAACGAAUUCAUUCGCUAUUUUAAGAUUAAAAAUCCGCUGGCCAGAAGGCUCAGGGAUUAUUCGCGCCACACUUGGUCUCAAACCAAAGGAACAGACAUGGCCAGGGUCCUUCAAAGGUUCCCGGAUGGUCUUCAGUACGAAGUUCAUCUUCAUAUGCACCUCACUGUUCUGUCGCAUUCAUUUCUCUUCCAAGACUUCGAAGAUGGCUGCUUGAGAGCGCUUUCGAAGAAGAUGCACCGUCAUCAUCACCUUCCGGGCCACCAAAUUCUACACGAGGGUGAUGAUGUCGACUCUGUGCAUCUUGUUAGGCGGGGGAAAAUCGAUAUCAUGAUGUACAGCGAAACACAUGGAAGAAUGCGGGAAGGAGAUGCAUACGGCGCCAGUUUAAGGCAAAUUUCUUCUCGUCCACGGGCUGUAGUAACCUUGCGAGCGUCGACAUGCGUAGACUGUCACGUGAUCAAGCUCAAAGAUCUGGCAGACAUAUUGAGGUCAUACCCUAACCUACGCUCUCAGUUGUUAAGAAUGAUGGACGCCGCUGAUCAAAAUGAUCUGUAUGAUGAGGGUGUUGCAAAUGAAAAUGGUAAUGACCGCGUUUACCAGGCUGGCAAGAAUGGCGUAAGGAAAUCAUCUUGUACGCACAAGAAACACUCAUUGAUGGUGGACCCUGAAUUUGAAAUGAAACCAAUGCUAGGCGUUCGAAGCAAUAAGUUGUUAGAAAAGCAACCGUCUCACAGUUCGAAAGAGCGGCUCGGUAAUGGAGACUUGAACAAAUACAAGAGUAUUUCUAUGGAGGACAACACCUCCGCUGAAACAAGUGGGCGUUUUAUCAACGUAACGCAGUUAGUUAAUAUCGAAAUGGAAUCGCCUGAUGAUUUGAAUGAGAACGUUAGAACUAGUAAUGAGGAUGACGAGGAGGACGAAAUAAAUGAUGAGGAUUUUAAAGAGGAAGCUCCACAGCAUAAAAUAAGUUUGGCAAAGUCGACCUGUUCUGACUGUAAGACAGAGUUUAGACCUUCGAGGAAGGCGAACUUGGAGGAACGUUUUGAGGAAAUGACUGCUAAUAUGCAAAGACUGGAAGGCAGAGUGGAGGCUUUAAUAUCACUUUUAGAAAGAACUGGAAAUGGUAAUGCGCCCUCAGUAGGUUCUGGAGAAGAAAGAAAAGGCAAAUUUUCUGUGACUUCUGUCUGAUUUUGGACUUGUUCGAAUCUCGCGGGUCCAUGAAGUCAAAACAAUGUUCUUCGUCUUUGGAUUCGAGUGUUGAAUCAUUCUUCCCAUGGCAACGCAAGGGAAGAAAUCGUUCUUCAACUACGGUGAAUACUGAUGAGGUUCCACAAACACAUCGAAAUUACGGCCACCACUAAGGAAGUGACCAGCAUACUUGACGAACCAAGUCCAAAAACCUUAUGCAAAGUACAUGUUAAUUUCUGUACUUUAAGAAUGCUCCAAAAUACUGCACCUUUUGUAGUGUAGAUAGAAGAUACUUCAACAGAUAGUUGUUUUAUACGAAAACGCCGGCAAAACGUAAAAAAAAAAAUACGUCAAGUGUCAUAUUGUGCUUGCAAACUUUGAAAUUCUGAUACGUUUUAUACUGCCAUGGAUGGAGAUACAUAGCCUUUCGACUCCAGGAAGAAGUCGGAAACAAGUUCGAGAUCUUAAGUUUUUUGAGAAAUACUACGAAAGCGUAUACUUCGUUGAGCUUCUUUGCGCUCACCAUGCACUGUCGGUAUCUUACAUUCGCCACAGCGCUAUUUUUGCGGAAAUUCGUCCUAUGGUUUCCACAACCAUUCCCACAAAAACUGAUAGCACAAGUUCGCGCGCACUCGCUGUUUCACCAGAAAAUUUCUGAACUCACGGUCAUUCUCAUCUUAGAGUCUGAUGGUAUAUACUUCCCAAGACACCAUACAAACUACGCUGCAUGAAUUCAACUUAGAAGUAACCUUCGAUAGUGUUGUAUGAAAAGGAAAGUUGUUGUUGUUGAUUGGGAGAGAAUUUCAUCAACUGAACCGUUGUCAGAGCAAAGGGACUUUGUUGAUAUCUUCACCAAGAGAUUCAGAUUCAGUUUAUAAUCUCUUAACUUCACUUGACACUUCGUUUGAUUCUGUCUUCAACUAAGCUUGCUAAAAUGAUAAUCUUUACUUAAGGGUUCUGACAAGUGCAAGGUUGAAUCUUUCGGAUCGAAAAAAUUAUCAUUUCAAUUAGCAAUUUAAUUUUUUAUUUCAAAGUUCGCGUUUUAUUUAGUAGAGUAUCUGUCCCCUUUAUAUUUGUCGAAACUUUUCGCGAUUUUUCGAAUGAUUUUUCUGUUUUGGACAAAAAUGUGACCCAAGGUUUUUGUCCCGUUUGUUUUUAUACUUUAAUUAACAAUCAACAGAAGAACUUUAACAAACAAACACAUACAUGCGAAGUUGGUCCAAUGAAUGAUCAAAAUCGCGUAGGUGUGUCAAGGAUUUAUCUUAAUUACAGAGGUCCCGAGAAAAGAGUUUAGAAGUGAUUUGAUCACAUACUGUUUCUUAAGCAAGUCACUGUAAACUAGUUUUUUACGCACGCCUUUUUGUAAAAGGCUUAUUAAAAAUAACUAUUCUCAAGAUUUUUUUCCUCUUGCAAACUAUUUCCGUUAUGAUUUGAAACGAGAGAGGCUAGAGUUGACACUCAGUAUUAAUCCGUUUUGAAAAGGAAAAUGCGAAUUUGUAGAAUGUGUAAAUAAUAAUUUUUUUACCAUUGUAGCCCAUUUUUUGGAAAACCUGUCGAACAGUGAUUAUUUAUUACUGAAGUCAAAAAUCUGUAUUGUAUCAGCUUGACAAAAAAAAGUGUCAUUAUUCAAUAAAGACUGAGUUGAAUAGA